UAUUAUUAUCGUAUAUUUAAUAAAACAAUAAUUAUAAUUUAUUUACAUGGAUAACAAUCGAGCGUUCCGAUUUUAAUAAAAGUGUAAUAUUCGUGCUCGACCACUACUGUCGUUGUUACAAUACAAUUAUUAUUACACGGCGGCGGGCGGCGCGUCUUCGUCUGUCGUGUCGAACGAUCCGUGGUGGGCCGUGAUAAAUGAUAAUAGUAGAUCAGCUCUAUCGCUAUGGAUCUGUGUCGCACGCUCGCGAUAAGAAAAUAAUAACAUUUGUUUGUUACGCUCGGUGAUAGUGACUAGUGAGCAGCAACACCACCACCACCAGCUGCAUUCUAGGCGGCGAUCGUCGCUCAUAAAUCGUAAUCCACGAUCGGACUGUCACGGCCGUCGUCCGUGUCGCAUGUGACCCGUGGCGGCCGUGCGACCGCUGAAGUCGGUAACGGCGGACACCGUCGCAUACAUCGGCAGACACCAACAGCAACGAUGUGGGCCACCAGCGGCUUGGCCGUUAUUGUAUGGCUGUUAACCGCUACGUCCGCAUCUGCCAGAUAUCCGGUUGUCUUAGUUCCAGGUGAUGGUGGUAGCCGCAUUGAUGCUAAAUUGAACAAACCCAGUGUUGUUCAUUAUUUAUGUGAUAAAAAAACAAAUGAUUAUUCUAACAUUUGGUUAAAUCUUGAAUUGUUAGUGCCAUAUGUGAUAGACUGCUUGAUAGACAAUAUGAGACUGAUUUAUGACAAUGUUACCCAUACUACUCACAGUCCUCCAGGUGUAGAUAUAAGAGUACCUGGAUGGGGAAAUUCUUCUGCUGUUGAAUACAUUGACCCUAGUUUAUCCACCUUUGGUGCUUACUUUAAGAGUGUUGGUGAUACAUUAGUUGGUACUGGUCUUGAGCGAGAUGUUUCUAUUCGAGGAGCUCCUUAUGAUUUUAGGAAAGCGCCUAAUGAAAAUACAGAGUUUUUUGUAAAAUUAAAGACACUAACUGAAGAAACAUACCAACAAAAUAAUAAUACACCAGUUGUGUUCAUUGUACAUAGUAUGGGAGGAUGUAUGACAUUACAAUUUUUGCGAUCUCAAACACAAAAGUGGAAAGAUCAAUAUGUCAGAGCAAUGGUUUCAUUAGCUGGUGCUUGGGGUGGAGCCGUUAAAGCAUUGAAAGUGUUUACUGUAGGUGAUGACUUAGGUGUUUAUGUUCUUAGUGGUAGUGUUCUAAAAGCUGAACAAAUUACAUCUCCUAGCUUAGCAUGGCUUUUACCAUCUCCAUAUUUUUGGAAGUCAGAUGAAGUAUUAGUUGAAACUGAUACAAAAAACUUCACAGUGGCAGACUAUAAACCAUUUUUUGAAGACAUAGACUACAUGACUGGCUAUAAUAUGUAUUUAGACGUUAAACAGUACAUGGAUUUUGGACCACCUGGUGUAGAAGUCCAUUGUUUACACGGUGAUACAAUUCCAACAGUUGAAAAAAUGAUAUUUGGACCGGGUAAAUUUCCCUUUAAGUAUCCUAAAUUGCAAUAUGGUAAUGGAGAUGGCACAGUUAAUUCCAGAAGUCUUGAAGGUUGCACUUAUUGGUCAAGUAUGCAAAAACAAAAAGUUUUUCAUCAAGUAUUUCCAAAUGCUGACCACAUGACAAUCUUAAGGGAUGAACGAGUAUUGGAUUACAUUGCUCAGCUCAUGGAAAAACUAUAGAUACCUAAUUAUCUUAAACUUAAGUCAUUAUUAGGAUGCAUAAUAUAAUAAUUUAAUAACUGUUUAAGUUCAUCUUAAUAGAUAUUUAAGGAAAUUAGUAACAAUAAAUAAUAUUUUUGUACAAUAUGAACAAGUACUCAAACUUUCUUAAACCUCCAAUUUACAUUAAAUUGUUUUUCAUUUUGUGGUUUACUGGAGACCUUAAAAUACUCUGAAACAAUCAAUUUCUUUGUUUUUUAGUGAAUUGAUCGAUAAGUUUAUUAAAUUUAUUAGAACUAAACUUGUUCAUUAUUCAUUGUUAAUUAUUUAUAUAGUUAGUAAUGUAACCAUUUAAUAAUUUAAAAAAUAUAAUGUUUCAACAUUUUGUAUAAUACAAAGUAAUGUAGUACAAAAUUUAUUAGUAAUAGUAAAUAUCACAAAUUAAAACAUAAUUGUAUCAAAAUAUUAUCAAUCCAGAAAAAUAAGGUAGAUGAAUCUAAUUGAUAGAAAUAUGAUAUGAUUAUUACAACAUUUAUAAAUAUUAUUUUAUUAUAGAAAAAACUUGUGAAAAAUUAAGAAAAUAAUAUAGAAAAAAAAUUAAAUGUA